UCACGUCACAGUAUAGUUUGACGUCCCUGGACUUUCAACCGGAAGAGGGAAUAUAAACAAAUUAGUUGAAAUUUAGAAGAAUUGUCGAAGAGACAGUUUUCCAUCUGUAUUGUCGCUGAAAUAUUCGAUGUUUUUUAUGAACGGUGUAAUGUAAUUCGACAGACAAAGUGAUACAACUUUCAUUAUUUUUAAGAUCUCGGUGUGUCGACAGCAGGCAACAUACAUGGAUAUCCUCCCAGCUGCUAGCUAGCGUUAGCUAUACGGCUAAUCUCACUGCUUGAAAUACUAAGCGUUAACCAGCUGUACCAAUGCCUCAGGAGGGAGAGCCGUCUCUUCCUCUGGUCCGCUCCCUCAACAGUUUAAUACCCAUUAAUGUGGUGUUUCGUAACUUCAGUCCCCGUGUCGUGCGACCACUUUGGAUAAAUUACUACGGGGAACCUCAGGCAUACGUGGAUAUACAGCCAGGGGCGGGACGGGAGAUAGCCACCUUUAUCGGUCAUCCAUGGAUAUUCAGAGAUGCAGAUACUGAUGAGCCCCUGAGGGUGAACUGCAAGGAACUGUUUCUUCCCAAACCAGCAGAGGGUAGAAAUGCUAAUAUCACUUUACCAGUUCACAGCCUCAAAGAUCGUGCUCUUCAGGUCAUACGUCGUCUGGUACGAGCAGAAGACUACAGGAGGUUGGAAAUAGCACAGUGUCUCCAUGAGGAGCUGGAAGAUCAGCCGAGUGUAUUGAAAGAUCUCCAUCGCAUGAACCAGAGAGUUGAGCAGCAUCUGCUGGAGAGAAUCCAAUGCCAGGAGGAAUAAACUGGAUGGAAAGUCAUGUAUGGACAGCCAUAUUUUCUCCCACCAUUGAGUGAGCAGCUGUUUCAAAGAUUUCCUUAAAGGUCUUACAUUUUCUGAAAAGGAGUUUGAUCUGCUGUCUUUUGAAUUCACUUAUUGGCUUUGGACAAUGUCUUCCUCUGCAAAAAAAAAACCUGUAGCAAUGACCUUUUUCAGAAGAGGGGCUUUCAUUUAUCUUGAUGGCAGCAUAUUCAAUUGCAUAGUAUUUUGUUUGUACACGGUGUAAAAUGAUUUCAAUGUUUUUUCUAGAAUGGUUCAUUUUAACCAUUGAUUCCUAUCUGUUUUUGUUAACCUCAAAAAACCCUAUUUUAUCAUAGGAACAACAUCAAAAACACAUGUUUUUGUCUUGCAUAUUGUGGUUUAAUCAAUCUCUGGUCCUAAGGACAUGAAAUUAAAGUGUUUAUAGUUACAUUUGAUAGGAAUUGUGCUGUCAAUAUUUUUAUUGGGGGUGCCUGAGAUAAAGUGGUCUUGAAAAAUCCAGUUUAAUGCAUUUCCCCUUCAAUUUCCCUUAAAUGUUUCCUUGUUAUCCUAGCUGUCAAAUUGAACAGCCAAGGCUGAGCUUAUCAGCAAUCAUCAAAAAGCUUUUGCUUUGGCACUUUACAUUUGGAGAAGAUGGAGUGAUUAUAGGUGUUCUCUCAAAUUCACACAUGGGCAUGUUAUCUUUUAAAAUUCGGUCUUGCAGCUUUAAUACUAUUGGGGAAACGAAAAUAAUCAAAAAGACUAGAUUGUGAAACACUGAAUGAGGAAUGUAUGCUUGCUUUCUUUUGCCUACUGUCAACAUUUUCUAACUGUAUUCAUUGUUACACAAAAACAAAUAAAAGAUGUAUUUCUUA